AGCUCUGUAUAAGCAGAGCGUGCCGGGGUGCCCAAGAAGCAUGGAGGCGGCAGCGGCGGCCGUGCUCCUGCCAGGCCCUCGGCGCUCCGCGGAGAAGCGGCCGGCCGGGCCCAGGCGCUGCUGAGCCCGCUGUGUCCCUGCGGCGCUAUGCUGGCCUGGCGGGUGAUGCGCGGCCCGUGGGAGGCCCUGCGCGCGGCAGCUUGGGCGCGGGGGGCGCGGCCAGGCCGGGGCUGCGCUCUCUGGGCCCUGCAGCCCGCGUCCCGCAGCCCCGGCUGCCUGGCGGAGUGCGCAUGGCUGCGGCCGCUCGCAUUCGGCCUGCACCUGCCGGGACCAGGUCCGCGGCGCCAUGGCUCGGGCUUGGGGAAGGCGGCUCCGGGCGGCCGGUGGGGCCCGCCGAGCGCCGCCAGCGCGUAUGAAAAUCCAUGGACAAUUCCAAAUAUGCUGUCAAUGACAAGGAUUGGCUUGGCCCCAGUUUUGGGCUAUUUGAUUAUCGAAGAAGAUUUUAAUGUUGCACUAGGAGUUUUUGCUUUAGCUGGACUCACUGAUUUGUUGGAUGGAUUUAUUGCUCGAAACUGGGCCAAUCAAAAAUCAGCUUUGGGAAGUGCUCUUGAUCCACUUGCUGAUAAAAUACUUAUCAGUGUAUUAUAUGUUAGCUUGACCUAUGCAGAUCUUAUUCCAGUUCCACUUACUUAUAUGAUAAUUUCAAGAGAUGUAAUGUUGAUUGCUGCUGUUUUUUAUGUCAGAUACCGAACUCUCCCAACACCGCGAACACUAGCUAAGUAUUUCAAUCCUUGCUACGCUACUGCUAGGUUAAAACCAACAUUCAUCAGCAAGGUGAACACAGCGGUCCAGUUAAUCUUGGUGGCAGCUUCUUUGGCAGCUCCAGUUUUCAAUUAUGCUGACAGCGUUUAUCUUAAGAUGCUGUGGUAUUUUACAGCCUUCACCACAGCCGCAUCAGCUUACAGUUACUACCAUUAUGGUCGCAAAACUGUUCAGGUGAUAAAGGACAGAUGAAACUCACCUGUCACCACUAACAAGGCAGCAGUAGACAUCGGCAGCAGUGGCAGCGGCCCCGUGUUCCUGUGCAGCUUCAAAAGGGACUCAUCAGAGCCAACCAUGUCAGCAGGGCUGUAGUGGUGCGCCUCGGAGGGAAGCUUGAUCAUGGGCAUAUGCAGAUUUUCCAGGUGUAUUUUUAAAAUACCAGUAAACUAUGAUUUAGAAUUUUUAAUUGUAGGUUUCUUGAUUAAUUUGUAAGACGUUCCAACUACUAUCAGUCUUUUUUAUAUGUUUUUACAAAACAGCUCAGCAUGGGAACUGAAGGUCUUGUCAACACCUCCAAGUAGACUUUAGAUGGCUCCCAAAACAGUAGUGGAUUUACUGGAGUUUGGUAGGUGUCCCACGCGUAUCCUGCACAGCCUGAUUGUAGAUGUUUGUUUGAUUUUUAAGUCUGUACAGUUUGUGUGGUUACUGUUUGGUCAUUUAGAAUAACGAGAGUAAAGUUAGCUUAGCUGUGGAUGAAAUAAAGACAAGACAUUUAAAAUGGAGUAAGUUUGAAAGUGAGUGAGAUCACCGGGGACAGAACGUAUUGAAGUUGUGCUCAGAAGUGCUGGGCCUCCGUGCCUGGGGCUGUCGUGUGUGCGGGAUGACGGCAGUGGAAGGAAGCAGUGUGGCCAUGGCUCACUUGCUGGAAAGGGCUGUGUACCACUCGCUUCUGUGGUCCCUGCAUUUCGGGCACAGCGUUUCCAUGGCCCUGGGAGCUGUCUCAUAUGUGAUGUAAAUAAUAUGAAACUGUAUAUUUUUCACAAGUUUUUUAAACUUUGGAGAAUCUUUUAAGAUGUUAAAGAAAUAAAACUGUUGGGAAAACA